AUGUCGACGCCGAAACACAAACAAAUACUCGAGUGGUUGGACGCGGUCCGUGAAGCCGGGCUUCAUCAUCACGCUAACCCACGCGAUACCUUCAGACGAGCCAACCGCGUUGCCAACCCCUCCUCAAGCACAAACUUCGACAUCAAACACAAGGAUUUCUGGCGUCUCUGCUCCAACGCCACUGACAAGCAAUCUUGCGCAACUAGAGCCAUCAAGCGCUGUAUCACCGCGUCCGCCUUCAGUUUCGCCUGUGUCCCCGCCUUCAUCCUCGGCUUCGUCUUCGGCUUCGUCCUCGGCUUCGUCCUUGUCCUCCGCAUCGUCCAUCUCCACGGGUCCACAAGCUUCAACGCCGCCGCCGCUGCUGGUAGCCUCUCCAUCUCCCACGUCGAGGAUAGAAUGGCCAACUGGGUUGUCUGCAGCGCCCUCUGUGACCCUGCCCUACCUGCCGAGCACGACUUUUGCAACGCAGCCCAUAGGUUCCCGUACAUCGCUGGCCGGGCUCCCCGCGACAGCAAAUCCCAACAAUCCCAACAAUCCAUCGGAGGAGAAUAA